AGGAUGCCCCUCUGCCUCAUUACUGGAUUGUGGCAUUACCAUGGCAACAAGGGUACCUAAGGUAAAGUUCUGCGAGAGAACUGAGGAGGUGUGUCAGUUUUAAUUCUGCCCAGUAGGUGGGACUUCAUGCUCGGAGCACGGACUUGCUGUUGUGUCCUCUGUUUCUUAUGCCAUCCCUAUGAGUCUCAGAGCUGCUCGAGAGCAACCUGGAGCUACAGUAAGCGGUUAACGGCAACAGAAGACACGAUACCCUCCCUGUACCAUGCAGUAUAGAGAGGACAGUCCGGGAGUACUGGUUUUUCAGCCCUCUCCUCUGUAACGGAGUAUUUUUUUCUUCUUUUUUUGGCUUUUGAAAUACUGGGACUAUACAGAUUUCGCAUCAAUUUGACAUACCUUCACACUCAUCAACACGCCCGUGCGUGCGCACAUAAACAGACACACAAGCAAUCACGUAGCAAAAACUGAUACUCACAUUUUCCACAUUUGCCUGCCGCACAAGGACACCAACGCUUCACAGGGUCGGGAAUCAUGGAUCUAUCGCGGUAUCCACCUCGAAUUUGCUGGUGGAGAUUAUUGUUUCUCUUAAGCAUCUUCCAGGACUAUGUGAGUUCCAUGCUGGACUGUCUGUCAACCUGCAGCUGUUCCCAGACGGAGAUCUACUGCAAUAAGUCCGACAAUGGGAAAUUUUUCCCUUUGCUCGCUGUGCAAGACACUGGGAACAAUGGCAAUAAUACAAACAGCAUUCCAGAUUUGGUCAAGAACAUCACGUCCAUACACAUAGAGAACUGGACGGGCCUGCACGUUCUGACAGAAAUGCACAUGGACCUGUACACUGGACUCGAAAGACUGACUAUCAUGAACUGCAACCUGCACGAGAUUCACCACAAUGCAUUUAAAAAGAACCCACUCCUGCACUACAUAAAUUUAUCCAAAAACCCUCUGACGAAACUGUCGUGGCGGCCUUUCCAGAAACUGCAGCUCUGGGAACUGAGGCUGGAUGACGUGUUGUUUAACUGUAGCUGCGAUGUCCGCUGGAUUCAACUGUGGCAGCAGAGAGGAGAGGCUGGACUCCACAAUCAGCAGCUUUACUGCUAUAAUGGGAUUGCAAGGAUCCCAUUGCAGGAAAUGAACAACUCCUUCUGUGACUUGCCAGAAAUCAGUGUGACUCACAGUAACCUGACAGUAAAUGAAGGUGACAAUGUCACACUCACUUGCAAUGGUUCGGGGAUGCCCUAUCCUGAUGUGGACUGGAUGGUCAAUGACCUUCACUCCAUCAACACACACCAGCAGUACAAUGGUCCUUCUGUCCACUCUGUAAAUCUGACCCUGGUCAAUGUGAGCCGUGAUGACAAUGGUUUCCUGCUAACCUGCAUAGCGGAGAAUGUGGUGGGGAUGACCAAUGCCUCCAUUCAACUGGCUGUACAGUUCUCUCCAACUAUUAUUCGGCUGGAGGAGCCCGAGCGUCGCCAUGACACCUGUAUAGAGUUCAUAGUGCGAGGCUACCCCCAUCCCACCCUACGCUGGUUCCACAAAGACCAGGAGAUCCUUCAGAGUGAAUACAUCCGCACCGAGAUGGAUAUCUACCAGGAUAACCUGGAGGGAUGCCUGAUAUUCAAGGACCCUACUCACCACAACAAUGGCAACUACACCCUGGAGGCUAGCAACUUCCUUGGCGCGGCCACCAAGACGGUGUAUGGGCACUUCCUGCAGGCCCCACCUUUUACCGAUGAAGAUUACAAUUAUGUGACCCCCACACCCCCUAUCAAUGUCACACACAGGCCAGAGGAAGACACAUUUGGGGUGUCCAUCGCCGUUGGACUCGCUGGGUUCGCCUGUGUGCUCCUAGUCGUUCUGUUUGUCCUCAUCAACAAAUAUGGCCGACGGUCCAAGUUUGGGAUGAAAGGACCUGUGGCAGUGAUAAGUGGGGAGGAGGACUCAGCGAGCCCCCUGCACCAUGUGAAUCACGGAAUCAUCACCCCCUGCACCCUGGAUGCCGGCCCUGACGCCGUAGUCAUCGGAAUGACCCGCAUCCCUGUCAUCGAAAACCCCCAGUACUUCAGGCACGGACACAACUGCAACAAACCCACAACCUACGUGCAACACAUAAAGCGGAGAGACAUUGUUCUGAAGAGGGAGCUGGGAGAGGGGGCCUUCGGGAAGGUUUUCCUGGCAGAGUGCUAUAACCUCAGCCCCACCAAGGACAAGAUGCUGGUAGCUGUCAAGACCCUGAAAGAUCCAACUCUGGCUGCCAGGAAGGACUUCCAGAGGGAGGCAGAGCUUCUGACCAACCUGCAGCAUGACCACAUCGUGAAGUUCUAUGGGGUUUGUGUUGAUGGGGACCCGCUGAUCAUGGUCUUUGAGUACAUGAAGCAUGGAGACCUCAACAAAUUCCUCAGAGCUCAUGGUCCUGACGCCUUGAUCCUGGUGGAUGGUCAGCCACUGCAGACCAAUGGGGAGCUGGGUCUGUCCCAGAUGCUGCAGAUCGCCACACAGAUUUCCUCUGGGAUGUUGUACCUGGCAUCCCAGCACUUUGUUCAUCGUGACCUGGCUACACGCAACUGCCUAGUGGGCAAUGGCCUGCUGGUGAAGAUUGGAGACUUUGGAAUGUCUAGAGACAUCUACAGCACUGACUACUACCGGGUGGGAGGACACACAAUGUUGCCCAUUCGCUGGAUGCCACCUGAGAGCAUCAUGUACAGGAAGUUCACCACAGAGAGUGAUGUGUGGAGCUUUGGAGUCAUUCUAUGGGAGAUCUUCACCUAUGGGAAGCAGCCAUGGUUUCAGCUGGCCAAUAAUGAGGUCAUCGAGUGCAUCACACAAGGUCGUGUACUGGAGAGGCCUCGAGUCUGCCCUAAGGAGGUGUAUGACAUCAUGCUGGGAUGUUGGCAGAGGGAACCACAGCAGCGUUUGACCAUCAAGGACAUCCAGAAGAUCCUGUAUGCCUUGGGGAAGGCCACGCCCGUCUACCUGGACAUCCUGGGCUAGCCACGGUGGGCCCCGCCCGUGUGUCUGUCUGUGCCGGACAGACAAACACAAUCCAGGAAAAACCAAACAACAUGUACCUUACUGCUCCACUGUCAAACACCAACGAGAUGGGGAUAGACUCAAGUGCCUGCUACGCCUUUCGAUACACAGGAUAACGCUCUUUAAAAAAACACUUUUACAUUUUGUUUACCUAUAUACAAAAUGUACAGAGUUCUACUGUAAGAAGAGGAAUUUCCCUUUUUUUCUUAAAAGCGACCUCCUUAAAAAAAAGUAAAAAAGAAAAAAAAAAGAAUAAAAUAAAUAAAAAGAAAAAAGAAAAAAUGACUUUAAAAAACAAAGCCUGGAAGAGAACCAACGUGUUUGCUUUUGGUAUCCCAACAGCCUGAUCGAAGACUAAACUCCCCAGUGUUUUUUAUUUGAUAAAUAUAUAUAUAUAAAUAUAAUAUAUAUUUUUAUUUAUUUAGUUUUUUCUUUCUCAACAUGUGGAUGUCUGCCAUAUUUGUUGCUAAGGGUAUAUCACCUUUUAGAGUCAGACUAUUGGCCAGGACUUACUGAAGAAAGCCUUACUGCACUCUGAUUGGCUGGAUCUUAUCUCUGACACCAGAGGAGACAUUCAACGGGGCUUUCUGUUUCUAAGGGAAAGAAAAACACAACCAUGUGGGUGAAAUGAAGAAACCCUGGGAAAGAAGGACCCACCAAUCAUUACAAACAACCUAAUUUAAUAACUGAAUGUACAUAAUGUAAAUUUCUAUACGUGUCACAAAUUAUGUUAACUUAUUUCUUUUCCUAUUUAGAUUAUUUUAGCUCCUUGGUGUGCUGUUAUGGUGAGUUAAUUCUAUAAAUAUUUUAAGAAUCCUCUUCAAUAUUUUCUUUUGGACAUGGUCAUAGAAUGUAUGUUUUAUAUUACACUAAGGAUGCCUCAUUUUCUUCUUACCACAAAGUUGUAUUUAAGCUUUGUAAUGGAACUGAGACAGGAUAAAACUAAGUUCCAUGGAGAGUCAGAGUCUGACACCAGAUUGCUGAGGUGACAUGAUGACUUGAUGCAUUGUUUCUUCUGCCAUUCCAGCAGGAGAUAUGGCAUAAUGCCUUCUUUAAUUUUACAUUGUUUCCUUGAAGAAUAUUAUAUUAAACUAUACAUCCUUCCCAAAAUUAGUAUCAUAAAAAAAAACCCUUUUACUCCUCUUAAAAUAUUAAAAACAGAAAUGACAUUUUUAUGGGUAGAAUUAGCAAUGGUACACAAGUACCAGAGAAUCUGAAUAUUUUAUUUAGAAGGGCAAUUUAAUGGACACAAUAUCAAUUACAGACAUUCCAUGUUUUUCCAUACAUUCCAUUUCUGUCUUUGAGUCGUUGAUAUAGAGUGCAUUUUCCAUGUACAUCAUUCCAUGAGCUUGGAAGUAAUGCGAUAAAGACCAAUGUCCAACAGACGGGGUAAUUUCUAGGCCAGUGUAAAUAAUUAUUCAUGUGGAUCAAAGCCUAAUUUCCAUGACACAUAAUGAGUGAUAUUAUGACACUUACAAUAACUGCAAUUUUGAUAUUGUAAGGCAUGGCUGAGGCAUCUACAAUAGAUACCACUGUAUUAUUCAGUCUUGUGACAUAGCUAUGUGCAUCGAUGCAGCAUUUAAAACCUUUUUAUUUUUACAUUUAUUCCAUUGGCUAAUGGCAGUUCAUCUAUCCUGUUCACCUGUUCUAAUAUUUUGCUUUCUUGGCACACACAGUAAUUGUACCAAAAGCAUUAGGUAUCAGUGAAGAGGUAAAGAGCUAUUGUGAACAUUGUGUUGUGAUGGCUAAUACUAAGACAUUGCAUUAACGUACUCUCUCGUCAUAAAAUGAAGUUGAGCUUAAAUCUGAAUUCAGUAAGUUACAGUGAUGCAUCCAAAGUUAUUCCAUAUGGGCAUAAACUGACUUUAGUUUAAUUCAGAGCAAAUUUAGUUUCGGUCAUCAUGUCAGCACUAAUAUUACCACAUACGCAUAUUACUCAUAUUACAGUGUAUACGAUGUCAGCAUUAAAUGUGUAUAUUAACACGACUCUACAAAACUUAGCCAGUCUGGCUUCUUUUAUGAUCUUCCUUGUGUCAUAAAUGUUUGUGUGCUCUUCAUAAUCACCUAUCUUGUCUUAAGUCUUUGGAUCUUUCUCUGUAUCUUUAUAUAUCCACCCUUUCUAAAAUUGUAAAUGGAAUAUAUACUUGUCCCUAACCUUUGCGUUCAGGUUUAUAACACAUAAAGGGACUCUCAGCCAGCCAGUGAGGACAGCUGAAACAUUUGUUCAUCUUGUGACCUUGUUUUUUGGCUUUCCAUAUUUUGUGAGCUGGUUCUUGCCAUAUUAAAGGAGAAAUGUAAAGGGCUAUUGAUAUGUGAUAAGAUGUUUUGUGCAUCGGUGUCCCUGCCUGCUGCUGUCCUGAUGUAGUUAUUCAUUGAUUUACACUUUGCCUGGCUGUGUGGCUACACAGUCCCAGGAGUGAUAGACAGGAGAUUUCCCCUGGUAGGCAUACCCUCAUCCUUGUUAAUAUGGUUCUUGCUGGUAAAAAGCCUGCUAUCACCGACCUAACACGUGCCCCUGUGCUCAGAUACGAAACUUUAGUCAUGAGUGACUUAAUGUAAACACCCUUGACUGGUUAUAAUUCAACAGAACUCCUCUGCAGCCGCUUACAGCAUACAGCAUGCGCACACGUGAUGUAAUGCAACAAGUGUCUUGCUAAUCCAACAUAUGUUGCUUCCAGUUUCUGAGAAUAUGGCCCGAAUUAAUGUAGGAGAAAGCGUUGAAUGUUGAAAAUAUUGCUAUGAAUAUAUGGACCUGUCUCCUCCCCUAUCCUGAUAAUAUAAUUUAAUCCACAAGGAUCCUGAAAUUAAUAAUUUUCCAGUCUGUUGUGUCAUAUAUCCAGUGGGAAAUUAAUUUACAGUUCGACCAUUAAACAUGCUUUUUUUUUUUUUUUGCAAUACGGGACGUGCUAACAUAAGAACACGGCACUGUAUUCUAAAGCUGACUUCUUCUGUAAAGUGAGGAUUUCAUAAAUCACCUUGCAGUACCCCUCCUGGGUAUCUGCUUCUUUUGCCACUUUUUGAGUCUGGUAACAGCCUCUGGUGAGAUAUGAAGGGAGAUCCUUUCCACUGUGCUCAUUUUUUAAUUUAAUAUGGAGGCACAAAAAAAAGUACAUUUAAAUUUAGGUGCUUCAGAGGGUUUGUUAGGCAGUGGCUUAGGAUCGGUCUCAUUUGGAAUGCUAGGGAGGGGGAAAGACUUGAGUGAUAUCUCAUUCAUGGUGUGGUAACGCACUCUCUGUGCGCUCCAUUGUCCCUCCCGACUGCGGGCGAGGGUACUCAGGCAGCCGAGCUGUGAACACAGGAAGUGCGGAGGCACAGAGCUCGCUUUGGCUUUGUUUUUGGCUGCGGAGACGAGGAGGAAGCAGUGCACCUGUUGUGUGAAGACAGAGAAAGGCGUCACUGAGGAGCCCGCUGUGGUUAUGUAACACAAUCAUUGCGCAAAUUUUUUUUUUUCCCCCUUCCAUUUAUGGGCUCACGUCCAAAUGCGUGUCACUAUAGAACCCCCCCCCCCCCCCCCCAAAAAAAAAUGAGAUUGUCUUAUAGCUUAUGUAUUUUAAGCUGCAACAGAAUGCUGAUUUAUAUUCUCACUCCAAUAGAAGAUGCUUGAAGUUUUAAAUGAUUCCCAUCCCAUGAUUUGGCUAUUCCUUAAAACAGAGGGAUGAAGCAGUGGGCGGUACAGGGCUGUGCAGAAUGUUUUAAUUCCUCAGGCUGAGUCCUGUUACUGAGUCCUAUUAGUUCUGAAAUGUCAUUGGGCACCUGUACCAACCUGAAGAGACAAGACAAAUCGAGAAUUUCCAGUCCAUUUACCUUGAAGCUAAUCAGCGUUCAAUGACCCAAAUAAGGAGUAUAAUAUUGACAGUGAGAGUAAUAAAGAAAAUGUAUCUUUAUGCAAACUCGUCUUGCCCUCUGAAGCCAUUGGCAAAGAAAAUAAAUUAAUUUUGACAAAAAAAAAGAAUAAAAAGAGAUUGCCACUCAGGUUCUGGGCAGUAUGAUCAAGGAAGAGUAAGAGUGACAAGAGGGGUGACAAAGGUUACAGCGAACCAAAUGGCUUCACCUCGCAGAAAUGGAUGGAAAUUACCAAUGAAAUGAGUUUUUGGAUCUUCAGAUGCUUUCCAGAUAUGAUGGCCUGUCUGUCCUAAUCCCCCAAGGUCAAAUGUUAGCUCAGUGGAGUGGGAUGGCAUUUGUGUGCGUUGGCUGGCACACAGAGGAGGGAGCUGGGAUAGUCGUGCUCUGUCUCCCCCCACAGCUGAUAAAGGUUUAAGUCGUCAUUUUUCACAGGAGACCCGUGAAGUGGUCCAAGAAAACCGGAUCAUUGCGCUCGUAAAAAGCUCUCUUUGCGUUCUGUGUAGCCCAAAGGUGCAAACCUCACUGUUACUAGAACCACCCCCACUGCCCCUGACCCCAUGUGACAUGGUUAAGAAGCCUUGAAUGCUACUGAAAAAUUCUACUGAAAAAUAAAUCUUUUCUGUAGAAUUUGGGAGUAGUAGAGUCACUGUAGAAGGACAUUAGAGUUGAAUGGCAUACUGCACUUACCAAUAUUAGGAAGCGGUAUGCGAUCUCUCAAUAAAUCCUGUUGGUAAUUUGAAACACCAAAAUCAAAGCCUUCAAUUAAAAUCCUUAUCUGAUUUUAAAAAAAAUAUAUAUACAUAUAUACAUAUAUAUAUAUAUAUAUAUAUAUAUAUCCUGAAGUACGGCAUUAAAAAGCUGUGAUUAUGUCUUUCUGUGGGAGAGACAGGAGGUGAUUCAUCACAAAAUAAGUCAGUAAUAAAAAUAGAAAGGCACUGCUAUAUUUUGUCAUUCCUAUAAUGAUAUAAUUUUGACUCAAAUUAAAUCUUUGUCAAGAAACAUUAAGACAAACUACUACAAAGAUAGUGUGACAUGUACUACUACUCUUCUCAAGGUAAGAACAAUUGUAUAUUUUAUAAGGAUGUUGUAGUGGCCUUGUUAAAGUCUACAAUUUGCAUAGUUAAUAGUUUCCAAUUAGUGCAGUGAUACAGAGCCAGUGUCCCGAACUCAGAGGAAAACUUAUUGCUACUUUGGCAUUCUCCACACAUAGUAUGCUUCAGAAAGGCGUUGGUGUGGAUUUAUGUCUGCGUGCAGGUGUAUACACGUAUGUGUGCGCAUGUGCCGGAGAUGAAAGUUCACUUUGAGCCUGUCAACCCAAAGCAAAGACAAGCUUUUUACCGAACAGGACAAGAAGGGAGGGAGGCAAAAAUGGAGUGUGAGUAUAGUUUUGCAAGGUACAGUUGUACAUACACCCAGCAAAAGGCAAAUCCUCCUUCAUUUCCUGGAGGCAGAAGGAAAUCGACGGCAGCAUUAAGACUUCAAAUGGGAUGUCACCCCGGAGCAAUCUCCGCGCUGUCAGCAGAUGCCGACAUCUAGAUUAACCUUGGCGGUGGGAGUUUUCUGAUGCAGCCUCAUUGGAAUGCAAGGGGCAACCCCCGUCCGAUUGCACGGCUCUAACCCUCCUGUGUUCUGCCCUCUUCCCGGUCUGUCAGAGAUGUGAGGGAUGCAUUGUGUGCCGAAAAUGGGUGGGGACGUGGGAGGGCUGGAACGGAACCCUCGAACAAAUGGCGAACCGGCCCACCUCUCCGCCCGGUCUCACUGGAGGAAAGUAGACAGCCAGAGUCCUGUUACCAAAAGCUGGGAUUAGGGCCAGUUGUGGGCGACAAGGGGCGGUUGCCUAGGGCAUCAUCUGUCUCGUGGGGUGGGGUGGGGGUGGGGGGCAACUAAAGCAACAAAAAAAAAACCACACAUUGUGUCCACGAUAGACGGUGCCCCCUCCCCUCCAACUCAACUCACCCAGCCCGCAUCUAGGGUGGAAUACAGGUUAGAGCCCUGUCUGGGAUUCAGCUUCUUCUUUCAGCUUUUUUUUCUUUUUUUUCCACCUGGCAGUGGUGCUAAUAGUUUUGAGCAUUGUGUCCAGUGGGACAGCCAUUGCUGCAGAAGCAGGUAAAAUAUGUGUCAGUUCAGAACAAAGGGAAGCAAAUGCUGUAAGCUUUUGUUCUGUCUCUCAGGUUACAGGGCCGGCGUCUCUGGGCAGUUUUUCUUCUGUUGUCUCUUUUGUGAGGGACAUGCUCUCUGUCUUAAUUGCAGCAAGGUAAGGACAUGCUGUACCUCAAAGCAUAUUCACCUUUACCUUGUGGCUGAUUUAUUUUGUGAAACUCUUAUCUAUCUGAAAGGUGUCUGUAUUUAUACACCUUUUAGGCUUCACUUCACUCAUAUUGGACAUUUCUCUGCAUCUUUCUUUAAAUGUAUGCCAAACCUUCAAUUACAUUAUUAUUAUUAUUUCAUGUGGUGUGCCACUGCUAUAAUAUGGCCUUUUUUUCCUGGAAUGAUGAGCUUUACAACGAUCAUCCUUGAUCCUUGAGAAUUUUUUUUGUGUAUUUAAGUAGUGUAUGUCCCUAUUUAUAAUCUGGAGUGAGAAAGAACAGUAUACCAGAAUGUCUACUACAUGUAUUCCUUUUUUUCCAGGCAAGGUGAAUAUAGGUUAAAUUAUACAAAUUAGCCCGUCUCCGAGCUUUUGGAAAUUGGUUCAGGAGUUUUCUCCUCCCACUUGUCAUUAAAAGUUCUAGCUGUGUUGAGGAACAAAUGAAGAGGCAGUUUUUAAUUUGCAUCCUCACUUGAUCCGGUGCCUCUGAAGUGUGUAUAAUCACAGGCUGCUGAAGCAGUCUCGGACUGGCCUCUCAGACAUGGACUCAGGGGAGAGCGGAGCCAGGAGAAAGCCUACUAUGGAGGCUUUCAUUCCCAUGAAACAGCAUAACUGUGUGCAUCCAGCAUAUUCAUACCCAUAUUGUCACAUUGCUGUCUACUGAGGGUAAUUAUUUGGAAAAGAACAGCUGAUGGACUUACCGUGUUCCCGUCUGUUAGCGUAUUUUGUGACACAGUUGUUGCUGAAACUUUUUCCAACCCACUUCCUCCCCCUCCCCCUACUCAACAUAAAUUGUGUCUGUGCAGAGAGUAGUAUUCCAGGAAGAACAAAUAAAUACUUUUAAAAAUUCUUCAUUUUAAAGAUAAACUGGACGAACUGAAAAUAUUUCUCUCUUUACAGUUGUCUUGUGACAUCUGAAUGCGCAAAAAACUGGUUGUCAUGCAAACUGUCCGCCCCCCUCCCCCUCCUUAUGACUGAUAUUCAUGAAAUGGGUAGUAAUCCAGGUAGAGCAAAUGGGAUAUUCACAUGAUGACUAAACUGAAAAGGACUAGCUGUAGUUUAGGUCCGCAAACCUUUUAUGUGGCUUGGAUAGAAGGAUAAGGUGAUGAACAUAAACUCAAAACAUUGGCUGGGUGUGCAGCACACUUGCUGUAUGCCAUAGCAGAACCAAAUCAAAAAUGUGGUUAGUCAUAAAGUUGCUCAUGAACAUUUAUAAAACAUCUGAUAGCUACCCUUUUUGUCACUCCCCUGUACAUUCUUUGUAAUGAUCUUGCACUCUAUAACUAGACUCACUACUGGGAAUGUAAUAUCAGUGAUUGACUCCACGUUGGAUAUACUUCUGUUUAUAAUCUGUUGCAUGCUAUCCAGCCAUUAGUUACCUCUAAUUAGGUGGAUCAGAGAAAAACUGAGAGCAUUGUCAUUUUCAAAGGGUAACCUAUCCUCAUCAGAAUAACUGCCAGCCCUGCAGCCAUUUAGAAGCACGAUGCCAAAGUACUGAAUUCAGAUGAAAAUCAUGUUUUUUAUAGGACUUUGAAACAGAUUUGAAUGAGAACUCCAGCUCCAAAGAGAUUGAUUGAAACAGAUCCUUAGUUUCAUGGAAAAAUAAAAAGUAACAAUUAAAAAGCAAUGAAAAUGGAUUGCAUUCACAUUGUGAAGUCACUUUCUUUUGGCUAUGUGCUGGUAAAUGCAAUGGAAAUACAUUGCCACAGUACUUAAGAAGUGCUUGUAGUACACAUUGAUUCUCCAAGCUCUGUCAGAAGUCUGAACCAAGGGAAUUCAUGGUCCUAUGGUCGCCAAAGUUGGGUUAGAAAAUAAAUCAUAUUACUGCCGUAAGCUAGGCUUGUCUUUGAAAGUAAUUUUCCCAUUGUACUGUUGAAAAAAAGGGCAAAGCAUUAUGCACCCUUGCCUGAGAGGGUUCAAUUUCCAUGUCUUGGAUUUCAUUUAAUUUUCAUUUGACACAUUAUAAAGUAUGUUCCUGGUAUGGUUUUCAAGCAUUGGUGGUUCAACCUAUUGAAUUAAUAUUACCUUUUAGGAAGUAAUAGGUAUGAUUUCCGUGGCAACUCAACAUAGGUUGCUUACCACUUAUAGCUCUAGCCCCACCCAAAUUUGCCCACACAUACACAAACAUUUGUGAGCAGCAUAUUAGCUUUUUUUUAAGUGUCUGCCAACCACGUUUACAGUCAAUUCCAUUUCAAUUUGGCCAAUUAAGGACAUGAAUUGAAAUUCAAUCCAUGAAGUAAAUUUCAGUUCAUUUCUUGCACUGACUGAACAAAAAUGGGAUAGAACCCAAACCAGCUGCUAUUCCAUGUAAUAUUCAGGGUCAUAUUACUCAUGUGUAUCAGAUGUGACUAAUUCAGGGUUGGGUCAGCUGUCCUGCCACCUGCCGCCUGUCUAAAAAAAACAAGCUUUUGCUUUUGUUUUAUGCGAUGAGGAUGUUUGGUUUUUCAUCUCAAAGAGGAGAAAGGUAUCCAGAAAACAGUGUCACAUUUCUCUUGAAAUGAAGUGCAUCAGAUAACAAAUAGCUUAGGGCUUUGGCAAACUAUCAGCAGCACUUGCUGGGCAGUCUAUCUGCGUGUACAGAGUCUUUGAAGAAAAGCAAACCAGGAAAAAGUGGGAAGGCUGAUCUCAGUCAGGCUGGUAGAGCUCUGACAUGGUCCAGCCUUUUUCUGCACAUUACAUCAUGUCCAGAGUAGGGUGCAAUGAGGCAGUAUGACAGAGUUAUUACAUUGUGGCUGUUUCAGCUGGCGUAGUUUCAUUGUUUUUGUUUCACAUUUUCUGUUUUUAGAGAACACUUGUCCUUUUGUAAAAAAAAUACCACUGAGUGAGAGAGAGUGAAUAUUAUAUAAUAUUCAGUGAAUAAACUGCUGUCAGUUUCCUUAUUGACAGCCAUGUAGUCAGGUGAUCCUCUGGUGGAGAGACGUAGGAAUGUCCGCAGACUUUUUUUGUUGUAUCGUACUAGGCUAUAUAUUCCUUGGUACAGGUUGCAUUUCUAUCUGAGUGAUGAUCUACAGUAGCAUCUGUCCCUGUAAAUCUAGUAAUGGCAACAGUAUAUGGGCAGUUUUAGUCUGCAGUUGCAAUGUAAAUACAAGGUUACCAUGUAAUGAUGGAAAAAUAGUUCUUAUUUAUAAAAUUCCAGUUACUUUAUUUUAGAACAGCUUAUUUGAGACAGCCAAUGUAUCUGUAGCUUCAACAUGACCCACAAAAUUUUAAUUAUGCAUUCAUUAGUACUACAUUCCACGGUUUACACAACUGAGAUACAUUUCUUUUGUGUUUUUGAUUCGACCUUUGCUCAUUUCUGUUGCCCAAACAUAGAGUUUUUAAUUAAUACAGUGAUUUGAUUAGGUACAAUAAUCCUUUUGAAUUUCCAUGUAAAACAAUUAUUUUGUGUUUAUUUUGCAUCUAGUUGUUUGAAUCCCAAUGAACGGAUAUUCUCUUAAAAUGAAUGCAUGUUGCAGUAGGCAGAAAAAAGUAUUGGACAAUGUCUUUAGCAUAUAGUAUGACUAAUUUUAUGCACUAUACAUUCAGAAUACAUUUUUAAAUUUAGGAAGACAUUUCUGAUAUCAAGCUUUCAAUGACUGAUAUAUUUCUAUGACACUUUUUACGUAAUGCAUUUAAAAAUACACUCCCUGUAUUCUUAGUUUAUAAUUUAGCAUACAUUAGAAUUUUAUUGACACCUAUACCAUCAUCUGCGUGGUUGUCCCAGGAACAGCAAUGGUGUCACUGAACACCUGGGAUUUUCACCACCUGCAGUAUCAGCAUACAUUAUAUAAACUCACCAGAUGGUCCGUUCUGUCUAACAUUGGAAGGUUGAUCUCACAACCAUACAAGCUGAAACAUUCCAAUUCGAUGCAUUUUGUGAAGCACUCAUGAAUGGUUGUGACAGUACCACUUUCAAUGCGUGUUCUGUUCUUGAGCACACCACCUUGAAUAUCCACAAACCCUAAUAUAGCACCAGAAACUGCUUUUACCAGUGGGAACCUCAGAGAUUCAGGAAACAGAGAGGCUGGAAGGAAUGUAGGGGAUGAGCAUCUGGGUACUAUUGAUCGGCUGUGGUACCGGCUUUGCAUGGAUAUGAACAUUCUGCAAACUGUGUGUUAAAUGUUGAAUACUGGACAUGUGGGAGUAUAAUAUUAAGGGUCUGAAUGUAGAGUAAUUUACAUUAUACUGCUUGUUGUCUGCCAGACUACAGUAAGCUGGAAUUAAGCCUCACUUCACUUCAUACGCUGCACAUUUGGGUUUGCCACUUUUGAUAGUGUCCUGUUCAAUAGGUUUUGUAAAAAAUCAAUAUGAUCGGAUAGGUAGGCUGUCAGUAAAUGUUUUUUUGUUUUAUCCCAUGAGUGAAAAAACAAAGAGAUCAUGCCAUUCUACAUUUUUAAUUUCUCUUAAAAAAUGCUUAAAUGUCCUGAAAAGACCAACUUUGGCCAUAAGGCUUUCAUCUCAUGCAAAGACAUCAGUAGUAAGCCCCAAAGCCUAGGGAUGCCCCCCAGCUCACAGUGCUACCUUGAAGCUGGUAAGCCAAUCAAUGUGAACAAAGCAUUGGGAAAUGUCCAGCCACAACCAUGUCCGGCGACAUCAUUCCGCCUUAUCUUUUCAUCUGCUAACAACAGCAGGUCAUUUUGUGUUUGAUCUCAUCGUGACAGAAAGCGUAAUUGGUCAGGUGAUCCGAGGUGGGCUCUCAGCGCUGCUGGAACAGCAUCUCCAACCAAGGUUUACAGGGGAAGGAUGGGAACCUAAAAAAGAGUUGCUCCUUUUAACAUGAACCAAUUCACUGACAUCAGGUAAAUAUCAGUGGGAGAGAAAUAUAUUAGUGUACAAUACAACCCAUGAUGUGACAGCUAAUAUUUUGCAUACGAUUGAAGGGAAGUAAAUUGUGUUUGUUCAACAUUAUUCAAUUGUUAAAACAACAAUUUCCCCAGAGGUGCAAUUAUCAAUAAUGUAUUUUAUUUUAACUGCAUUUAGCAUUCAAAAUUAAAAUUUUCUUAUCAGCCAAAAAUAAAUACAUCUAAACGUGCUGGAGAUGUUUGAAGCAGAAGGCAAAUUGAAACAAUCCAUCUAUGAUAUGUGUACCUUUUCACCUUAAUAUAUUUCUCUUCCAAAAUGUAUUUCAGAAUAAAUUUAUUCCAAUAUUGAAAUAUGUAAAGCGAUUUGCUAUACAUAUAUGUGUAAUUACUUUUGUUGUGGUCUGUUAUCCAUCUGGGAUGGACUAAAACUCAACAAACAGAGGGAACAGGACAAGCUUUUAUAAUGUCUUUAUAUUUGUGUGUGUUGGGUGCAGGUAUUUUGUGUUUUCAUUACCAUCCAGCUAUGUAUAGUUAUAAAUAACUAUGUGGCGCCCUCUGGCAUCGAUGGUAAUGUAUUUCCACCUGAGAAGUGCUAGCUAAGUGCUGAUUCUGCAGUUCUCACAAGUAUUCCUGUUGGUGUGUUCAAUCCUCUUUAGAGUGCUGCAGGAACAAGGUGUACAAAUACUCAGAGUUCCUCUCUUUGUAAGUCAUGUUUAAUCACAGUGUUACGUUAACUUAUCCAUCUAUAAACUAAACACAGCUGUAAUUAAGUAUGUAUCCAAUGACGAUUUAUGUAGACUUAUUCUAUAAAUAAACUGAAAAUCAAAAGUGA